UGGUCGAAAGAGUGCAGCUCGUCGCCAUAUGGCCAAAGGUUAUCGAGCUGAACGCCCGUAUAAGAACAUCCGAUGCCCGGACUUGAAUAGUUUGCUGACCCUAAUGCUGGAGCGGAAGUAUUCAUGCAUGUCACCCUUACCAAUCUGACGGCUCCGUUCUGCAAGCGGAAAGCUCUUAUUUAACCUGGUGUCCCUUGAAGCAGCUGCUCUUUCUCAGACAUCGUUUUUAGAAUGCAUAAAAAGAGUUACACGCUGCUAAGCGCCCUUUCACUGCAGAUCGCAGUUAUCAUCCUGAUCUGCUUUGGGUGCGUUCACGGGAGCACGAAAAGGGCCUCGGAGACCGGCUCCACGGUGGUCCAAUCACGCACUAAUCCCAGGCUUGCAGCAGAUCAUCCAGCUAGGACAGCAUGGGCAGUUCACCCCGUUUCCCAACACAAAUACGCCAACGUUGAAGACGCUGGCAGUAAAAGAUUUGGAAUGGCUAUUCAGAAGGUACAUCACUACCAAGGAUUGGGCAAUGCGAAACUUUCACCACAAGCCAACUCCCCAUCUGCACCGGAGGCAAAAAGCAGCACCCCGCGUUCUCAACCGCUUGAAAACAAAGUCGCAUCCACCCUGUCAACCGCUCGCCAACAAACCAGUCAACCGGCGUCAUCCAGCACCACACAUUUGAUCAGCACUCGGUUCACGCCGAGCAACGCCGUCUAUCAUCCUUCAAACCAUACGCGAGCACAACCAGAACGAACGUACAUGCCUGCCACCGUGGUGCAGCUUCCUCAUCUCAUUCUCCACAAUGGAAUGAUUACGCAAUCCGUCUGCAAUAAGCCCUGCAUCUGUGGGUGCGAGAGGACUUUCUGCAAGCGAAGGGCGUGCUCACCGUUCCCGAUGACGGACUCGAGUACCUGCACAGCCUACUGCCGCAGUGUGUGUGCACACGAGUGCUCGGAAGCCAGCCUAAAACCGAACGCGAACAAAGGUAAUGGCGAGAAUCGAAGGACGCGCUCGAAAAGGAGCAGGCACGUACACGACAGCGUCAGGACACGCCACAUAGAGCACCCUUCCGAAGCAGUUCAGCCUCAUGGCCCAAUACUUCGAAGACUGCUCGAAAUUAAUGACUCUUCGAGGACGAAUAACACAAAGGCAACGAAAGCAGUGGCUGCAAACACUCAAGGGAAGAAGCCCAGUGCACCUGUGCUGGCAACCGCUGGCAAAAAUGACACUGAGUCUACGACGCGCCCAGCUGCUCCUAUGACAACCAGGUCAACCAAUAGACCUUAUCCGGCCGCCGUUAGCUCAAGCACCACUGGCAGUAGCCCACCGCCAAAAAUGAUCCGAUUUCUGGUGUGCGACCAGCCAUGCAUCUGCGCCUGCGAAAGAACCUUUUGCACUCGAAGCAAAUGUUCUUCUAUUCAGGAAGGGGAUCAGACCCAGUGUAGCAAGUACUGUUGGAGCGUGUGCUACGAUGAGUGCCGAAAGACGGGCUUGAAGCCUUCUUGAAUUGCAAUGGGCAGAAGUUGUCAGAUUUCCAUCUUGAAUAAAACAACUUGAAAUUUUUCAAA